AGCAGCCAGGCGUCACAGCACCGACAAGAUGGCCGAGAGUACGGGACGAAUGUGAGGGAGGAAACAAAAACACAGGCGAGAUAUCCUUGCCGCAGAUGCCAGACCUGUAAAGCAGCCGAAGCCGCGUUAGUGCAAAGACAACAGCUCGGUACUGGGUUCGUUCGGGACUCGGAUCUGCGGGUGACAUUUGCGGGUAUGCAGACGAACUGUGCUCCGAGCCAGCUCGCGGACGGAACGUUUGUCAGGUUGUCUGCGUCGGCUAGCUAGCUAGUGCGCUAACCAUGUUAGCUAGCUGACAAGACCGUUAGCGAGAGAAAACGCUCAAAGAAAGUGACAGUUUGGUAUUUUUUUCAAUAAAUAUUUGUUGCUACUUCUUUACUUUGAGAGUAAGCAUUUGUGGUAGCUGUAAAACUUCCCUGAGUGGGAAAAGCGGAUUUAACGCACCAGUUAACGCUUGGCUAGCUGGUUAGCAAAGUAACAUUGCGGAUUUCUUGUUGGCAGCGUUAGCCAACGUCUGUUAGCUUGCUCAGCUGUUUUGGAUGACUUGGGGUUGUUCCGACACAGGACCAAGAGUGGAAGGACAUUUUUCUGACUACUAAGAAGUACCCGAGGCGGCUCUUAGUAGGCCUUUAGAAUUUCUACCAGGGAGGGCAUCGAAGCCGAGACUGUAAACAUAAGUAAAGCCGAGGAGAGAGCAGCGUCGUCGGACGAGGCGCAAAUCCAGUCAGCAUCACCAUGGCCCAUUCUCCUGUCCAGGGUAACCUGCCGGGGAUGCAGGUGAGCUACACUUACUCUUAACUUGCUCCACAUUUUAUAGGGGAGGUCUCUCUGACCCCCUGCUGCGAUGUUUCUUACUGCACACCUAUCAAACGAAGUGAUUCGGGUCUGAGAAUUUAACUCUGACGCUACCGGUGUCCUGUCGAGUUUUACUACCUAGUCGAAUGUGUCCCCCCGCAGGAGUCCCAAUUUCCCAUUGUAUUAACGUUUUGAUUACGAACAGAAUAAUCGUACCUUUUAAGAAUAACACGCUAAUGUUUUAAUGCUCUACUUAAACAACUAAAAAAAUGCUAAUGAAUUAAAGAGUUUGGUCGUAGCACGUCUUUUUAUUAUCAUGUAAAGUUUGUUUGCCUGUUAAGGUGUCAUUUUACGGCAUUUGCGGCAUUUCUUGAUAGGAAGCAAAAUGUAGCAGAACACCUGUUGUGUGUAAAUUAACAUGACGCCCCCAAAUAUUAAAAAAUCUAUUGUGAUAAAGAGGAAAUUGUGCUGAAAACCACAAAAUUUAGUCCAACACAUACAUUGCCAUGUGUCCCCAAUUUAGUUGAAGUUAUCAUCAUUAUUAAAGCCAUUUUGCAAAUGCCCCUGAAUGCAGCAUCUUUGCUGCAGAUGCAAGAAAAGCUUCAAUUUUGUAGCCAUGAUUUGAUGGAAAGACCUCUCCCUAGACCCCCUGUAGAAAGAGACUUUUCUGCACACAUGAGCCUUGUUCUAGCCUCUGCUGCUAUCUUUAGGAUUUUUGCCUUUGGGGGAUAUUGUGGGUAGAUAACCGAAGGAGAUAACUGCUGCUAAUGUAAACUGCAUGCACCAGAUUAUAGUCCCUGCGCAGGCUUGUUAACAGAUUCAUGGGGGGAUGUAGAAAAAGGACUGCAUGUUUGGCACCAGUUGAGAUUUUUUCACGCAUUAAGGAAGAAAUAACUCCAGUAGUAGAGAUGCUUUUGCUGAAGGGAGGAUUUCUCUUGCAAAACUCUUCCUAAAUCCAGCACCAAGUUCAAAAUUCCACUGCCCUCAUUUGGAGCUCUUGUUCUUUUAUUAGCUAUCAUGUUCCUUUAAUAAGUCCCUGUUAUUGUAUCAUAAGGUUCCUCCUUAGGAUGCACCUCUUCAUGUGCAAGGCAGCGGUUUUGUUUUUAGACAUCUCAAAACGGGCAUAUUGACCUCUCCUUGGCUUAAAAGAGGUCAUAAAAGGAAGUUGUUUUUGUCAGCGCCUGCUCUUGUGUUUCCCACAUAGCAGCCUCUGGAGGGUUAAGUCAUUCUAGUCUGCUUCCUGCAGCGUUCAGGAGGUGUUUUUUUUUUCAGCCAUCACUCAGAUACGCUUGUUACAGUGAGCUGCUCCAGAAAAGUUGUGAAGAAGUCUUGGUAUAGGUGUUGUUUUGUCCUCCUGUGCAACAAGAAAGAAAAAAAAUGCUAAAUCUAAGAGGAAAAAAAACUGCUAUUAGAAAAUAUUAAAAGAUUUAAAUUUUGCAGUCUUUACCUUCGUUCCCCUCUUCUGUUCUUUCUCUAAAUACAAACACAAGGUGCUUCAAUGAGUGAAUUAAUGCAUCCUGUAAGAAUGGCACCCCGCUGGUGUUUCCGAUUCACUUCCAAGAAUUCAGCUCUUUUCAAACAUUGCUUUAUAAUUUUUUUUCCCUUACUAAAUCCGCCCUUUCCUCCCCGCGUGCUUUGUUCCCCCCUCUGAUCGCCGCCAGAACGCCAAGGCUGACCCGGAGGAGCUGUUCACCAAGCUGGAGCGCAUUGGCAAGGGUUCGUUCGGCGAGGUGUUCAAAGGUAUCGACAAUCGCACGCAGAAGGUGGUGGCCAUCAAGAUCAUCGACCUGGAGGAGGCGGAGGACGAGAUCGAGGACAUUCAGCAGGAGAUCACAGUGCUGAGCCAGUGUGACAGUCCUUUUGUCACCAAAUACUAUGGCUCAUACUUAAAGGUAUAAUGUCUCAGCAAAAUAACUAAUAUGCAGUUAGUUUCUCUCUUUUUCUUUGCAUCUAGUUUUGAGAAAAUGGGAUAAGACUCUCUCUUUUCCUCGGAAUAAUCCUAAAUUAAAACCAGGGAUUAGCCUCAGCUGACUUCAGACACCCACCGGGCCCUUAUUACUGUCAUCAUGUCUUGUUUACGAACACACCUGACUUUCCACACCUCACAAUAAGCCAGCACCCAGCUUGCUAAUCAAGCUAUGAAUAUCUUUCCACAAAUACACCACAGCACCUAUUAUUGACCCAUUUCUUCAUCGCUGACAGCUAACUCUCCUCUCUUUUUCCAGGACACAAAGUUAUGGAUUAUUAUGGAGUAUUUAGGGGGAGGAUCAGCGCUAGAUUUGGUAAGUUAUUUCCUGCUUUGUGUUUCUUUGGGCACUAGUUCUUUACUCAUAGAUAUUUGUCCGUAUAAGCUGCUUUAAUGGUUUAUAAGUUUGAUGAAUCAGUCAAUAGUAUUUACCUCCAAAGAGAUUUCACUUCAGCUCAUAAUUUUGCACCAUAUUGUAGCCCCUUUUUUCCCUAAAUCCCAAGAAACCUUUUAAAUGAAAUAAAAAUGCAGCAGUUUUGAUGAGAAGGCACUCUCUAUUUCAGGCAUGGCGCCUCAAAGGUAAAACACAUCAGGAAAUGCUGAAGAAGCUUUUCCACUUCCCCAGAUUAUUGUGUGAAUAGUGUAGAUUUGGGAGCGUCACCUCCUGCACAACCUGAUGUUCGUGGGGUUUGUGGGAUGUCCACUUUUAUUUUCUUUAUUUACACCCAACUAAAAAGAAAAGCGCUCGCUUCGUUUUCAGAAAAAGGGAGGAGGAAAAGGAAGAGAAAGAGGGAAGUGAGUCUAGAUAAAACUGCACAUACAGAGGCUGAGAUGACUCUCUAAAUGGAGGAACUUUUCACAUCACUCCAAGCUCUUCGUAAUGAUUCUUGUUGUUGAUGUGAGAAUGGAACAAUAUUAUUUAAAUCAAAUCACAAUGAAAGACUCAGGUCAAUAACCAUUAGAUGAGGGAAGGUGUAAGGUUCAAACUUGAAGAUGUUCAUCUAUAAAAACGGCAACAACUAGAAAACAAGAAACAAGAAAAGUGAGUCUAGACUGAGUCUUACCCCGCAGCUCACUGUUUAAUGUUGUUUUCCCUUCGAAAGAUGGAGCCCGGAGCUCUGGACGAGACCCAGAUCGCCACAAUCCUGCGGGAGAUCCUGAAGGGCCUGGAGUACCUGCACUCUGAGAAGAAGAUCCAUAGGGAUAUCAAAGGUAGCCGACCCACUGGGAGAGAGCUUCUAUUAGAGCACGCGCAAAUAUCACAUAGCAUGUUAAUGGUAUUGACGUCUACUUACGGUUUCAUUCAUUAUACAGUUCACAUUUCAUCAGGGGAGCUGCAGCAGCUGCUCGCUAAAAGCCUUCUGACAUUUGUUCCCUCUUUGCUAAAUAAAUUGGCCAUGGAGAUAAACGACACUGACAGGAGUCAUCGAUGACGGCGUGAAGCCUCUCACGCUGUGUUGUCUGAGCUCGAUCCCCUUUUUUCCUUCCGCAGCUGCCAAUGUGCUGCUGUCCGAGCAGGGGGAGGUGAAGCUGGCGGAUUUUGGCGUUGCGGGACAGCUGACGGACACUCAGAUCAAACGCAACACCUUUGUCGGUACACCGUUUUGGAUGGCGCCGGAGGUCAUCAAACAGUCAGCGUAUGACUCCAAGGUAAAGACAGAGACAGUUAAACAAUAAGACAACACAAGCAAGGUAUCUUCGAUCAUGCAUGCUGGGUAGACACUCCACUUUCACACCAGUUUUGUGUUAAAAUACUCGCUGCUCCUGCUUCUUUUCUCACUAUGCAAAAAAAGUGAUACCGGUGCGACACGUUGGAUGUUAUUAAUAGGUUUAAGUCAGGAAGAGCCAGGAAAGCUCUGCUGUAUUGUUUUUCACACGAGUAGAAUGACUAAAAAGCCUUGUUUGAAUACUAUUAACUAUCCUGAAACUGCAGCCGACUGCACCGGUGUUCUGAUUUAAAUGACUCAACCAGACUUGAAACAGUGUCACAUUGUUGGACCUGCAGAACAUGGUGACAAAGUCAUGUAACAAAGUUUUUUAACCCCUAUCAUUUUCGUUGAAGCGGGGAUUCAAAAAACAUUUUCAUCGACUUUUUAUUCAAUGUUGAUCAUUUCACAAAGCAACAAUUAUUGUGUAGGACAUUAGCCAUCCUUGUGUUGGAGCGUCAUCAUCAUUGUUAUGUUCUCUCUAAAUUAAUAAAUAAUUUUCCAGGAGGACAUUCUGAGCCCAGUUGGAAAGAAGUCUGAGCAACAGACCCACACAACAGUUUUAUGGAGAGUUGUGUGAUUCAAGAGCUGAAAUCCUGAAAUCAAAAAGUAAUUCAACUGAGCUGGAGUCUUAAAUAUCUUAUAAUUUUGUAUAAUAGAGGCUGUAAAACUUCUCCCAUUAUCAUCAUUUUUACACUCAAUUUAGAUCUGAUUUUGUUUGAAAUGCCAAAAAGUACAGCAGGUUAAUUACCAGACUGUGCUCUACACGUUUUUCAAUGUGUUUCAUUGUAUUAUAAGGACAGAAAGAGAGGUAUAAAGUCAAGGGAAAAUUGUAAAGACACUUAACAGUAAAAGUUUUGGUGUGAAUCACAAUAUAAGGGGGGACAUGAGCUGCUUGGCGGAGGUCUGCGCUCUCCGAGUGCUUUUCUAGUUUGUAGAUACAGUUCAUAAAUUCUUGCUUAAACUGGACCCUGUCAAAAUGAACCCAUAAAUAAACACGAUUUAGAAAUGCUGGAAAGACAUGGACAAUGUUGCUUGCAUCAGAUCAUAACAUUUUUAUUUUUUUAUUUGUGUUUCAACAUUUGAUAUGUGGAUUUCAAUGACUUGCAGCGUAUCGAAAUCUGUUUUUAUCAACAUUUUACACAGCAUGCCAACUAACGUCUGAUAGAGUGACCCACCAACAUCCUCAGGAGACCACUGCCUCACAGGUUUCAGUCAGUGUCUUCGAUAAUGGCUUUAGUAUUUAUCUUAAAGCCCCCUCCAUGUGCAGCUUUUCCAUGACUUUCAAUUGUUAGUGACAUUGAACCGCAUUUUCCUACAGACAGGAUAUUCAGCUGAAGAUUAAAACCUCAAAAAUGAAGCACUCUCCUUUUACAGACAUGUCUCGGUGCUUUCCUUCUUGGUUAUGUCGCUUAUUUAUCCGGUUUUGACGUCGUACCAAAUGUUAAAAAUUGCACCAUUUUUUCACUGUGCCAAAGCAGUACAAAUGGGCAGCUCAAGAAGGAAAUAAAUGUUGCAGUCGGGUUGCAGCAGAAAAAGCGAGGAGGGGAAAGAAGAUUGGAAGUAAACAUGGGAAUAAACAAGACAGGGAUCAGACGAAGAAGUGUCAGCGUGGUGGUUUUUCCUGCAGAAUCACAGAGUGUAAACAGGUCUUAAAUUUGUUAACAAGUAAAUUCAGAGUGAGUCUUAAAGUUUGAAGACCUCUGAUUUUCAGUGUGCACGCUGUGUUUAAGUACAGUGAUAUUUUCAGCUGCCUAUGGCCGACUUUUAUCAUAACGCGAGUCGGCUUUUUGGCUGCUUUUCCGCACUCACUCAGGUAGUUAUUUUGAGCCCACCUUUUUACUGCUGCACCCACUUCUGAUAAACGGGUCAAGGGUCUCUACAGAGGUUGUGCUGAGAUUCACAAUGAGUGCAGUUUCCUUUUUUGGAACGCUAAAUUUAAAAAGCAAUAGAGCCAAAGUAUGGAUGCUCAGGAGGGUCAAACAUGAAGGAGAUAUGUGCAAGCCCUAAAAAUAAUUGGAGGUGGUUUGUUGCAGAAAGUUUAAGGGAAGAGUGUGAUUGCUGUGUAAAUAUUCGAUAUGCAAAGUUCUCAGUGUUUCUGCUUUUGAUUCGCAGGCCGAUAUCUGGUCUCUGGGCAUCACGGCGAUCGAGCUAGCGAAAGGCGAGCCGCCGCACUCAGAGCUCCACCCAAUGAAGGUGUUAUUCCUCAUCCCAAAGAACAACCCGCCCACGCUCGAGGGCAACUACAGCAAACCGCUCAAGGAGUUUGUCGAGGCCUGUCUCAACAAGGAGCCCAGUUUUGUACGUAGUUUUCCACCUUUUAAGGAGCGCUAUAUUUACUCGCUUUGCUCCCUCUGAUUUGCUUCCAUCUACUUCCCGCAGAGGCCAACCGCCAAAGAGCUGCUGAAGCAUAAGCUGAUUGUCCGACACGCGAAAAAGACCUCCUACCUGACCGAGUUGGUGGACAAGUACAAGAGGUGGAAGGCCGAGCAGUCCAGAACCACAGAGUCCAGUUCGGAUGAAUCUGACUCGUAAGCCACUUUCGGUUUUCUCUGCAUGUUUUUGACACGAUCAGACACAAGCGCACCCUGCCAAAAGAGAUAAACACUUUCUGUGCUGCUUCUCCUCCCACAUCAGUUACGAUGAGCUCUAAGCACUUAACUCGCAUGACUUCAUUACUCCCCCUGAAAGUCGUUUCAAAUCCUCUUUUAAUGUCCGUCCAAUCAGGGAGCAGGACGGGCAGGCGUCAGGUGGGAACGACUUCGGAAGCGACGACUGGAUCUUCACCAUCAGAGAGAAGGACCCUAAGAAGCUGCAGAACGGGGAGGGGCAGUCAGGGGCAACAGACCAGGUGCGGAUUAGUUGCUGAAAGCCGUCCUACUUAAACAGAGCAAGUUUUGAGAAACAGUGAACUCAAAAUUUCCCCCGUUGUCUUUUCUUUUUUGCUUUUCUUCACAGACAAAAGACAUUCCAAAGAGGCCUUAUUCACAGAGCCUGGCCACAGUCAUCUCUCCUGCACUAGCCGAGGUAAGGGCACUUCUCGGGCUCAAGGGUUUGUCACUCAAACUGGAUUGAACUGUUUCAUACAAGGAUUAGACCCCCGGCUGUUAUAUUAGCCCACACUACUCACAUCCUCAGGUUUUUCAUUUUCAUUUUUUACCUCUCACACCGUGCCCCAGCAGCACACAAGCACCACAUAGCAUCGAAUAGAACGGACCUUUCUGUCCACACUGCAUUGCUAUCAGCUGUGUGCAGGAGUCCAGCUUGAGAUAUCAGAGACAGGAGAGGAUUUGCUAUUUUUCUGCCAUAUCGGUUUUAUAAUCAUCACAAAGCUCCUACAAAAGCUGGUCAAUCCAACAGGCCCUCAUGAUGCAUCAGAAAAACCACCUAAAUGUGCAUGAAGAUCAAGAGAAAACGACCAAUGAGUACAUUUCAGCCCAGCUUCAGGGCUCCUUUUCAUCACCUUUCUAUCUGUCCCUAGCUGAAGGCGAGACAGGAGCAGGUGAACGGGAACCCCAUGGUCCUGGACGAGCUUCGGGAGGCCAUCCUGCUGGCUGAGGAGGCGUACCCCGGUAUCUCUGACUCGCUGGUGGCUCACAUGGUGCACAGGCUGCAGAGGUAACCUCGCGCAACAGAAUCCCAUCAAGCGAUGCAGAUUUUAAACAUCUCUAUCAGUGAACUAACAUUCUUGUUUUCUCCGUCUUACAGUUUCUCCACAAGCAGGACGUCCUCCUCCUCCCCUUAGUAUCUGGCUCUCUACCCCAGCCCUGCUCUCCCAGGCCCCCACCUCUCCUCCAACACCACCUCUAGGUCAGAGGUCAAGUCAUUCAACACCAGCUGACCGUGACUGGCCUCCCGUGAAGGUGGGGGAGCUUACCUAGCCUGUAAAAAAUUACCGAACUCCAAAGCGGAGGAUAAAAAAAAGAGACUCCGAGAGCUUCUUUGAAUCAGAAGUUUGGCAGGACAAGACUCAAAGUCGGCUCGACCCACGUGAGACCUCUCAGAGACUUCGCCACAUGGAAUUUGUCCAACGAGAAGCCGAAAACCUCCUCCCGACCCCGGAAAAACCCCCCAGACUUCUUCAACCCCCUUCUCUUAAUGCAGGCGUCAUAUCCCCAGAACCUCUGACAGCAUGCUUGAUGAACCUGCAGGGAUACAAGUGCGCAAGCUGCGUGUGUGUGAGUGCUUCAAACGGGCACCCUUGCGAGCGUGUUUGCGUGCGUGCUCUCGCGUAUGUAAGAUUCCCUGUUAAGGCAAAUUGCAGCAUUCUUAAUGAAACCUCAGGUAAAGUGCUUUAAGUGGACUUCGAGGCAUUGAAAAGAGGAGGAGGAGGAGGAGGAGAAGGAGGGAGGAAGGGGGGUUGUCGCCAUGCUGUACAUGAUUUCAAGUUGCGGGAAAUGAAUCACUGUGUACAAAAUGGUCCUGCGCAUUUUGUAGAUAUUGAUAAUGUUUAAAAAAACAAAGUAGAUAUUUAAAGAUUUCAGAGGUAACUCCAACAGACGGAAACUGAAAAUGCCUUGCCUUUUUGAGAUACACACAUCUACGUUCUGGCAUUUCAUCCGAAGUUUGUUUUAUUUUACUCGUCCGUGAGUGAGAUUCAGUAUCCAUCAGUGUUUUCUUUUCUUAAGUGACUGAGUUUCAAUCUUCCAUUUCAAUCAUCAGACUAACUAUGAUACUAAGCGUACUUUUGUUUAGAGGCAGAGAUUUCCUUUGCUUUCGUAGGCAGGGGGAGAACUCCUACCUGUGCUUAUGUUUAGACAAUUUAAGUCAGUUUUGAAAUUGUUUAGUAUAAGAAUGAAGGUAGGUCUAUGUCGGUGGUGGCGGCGGCUCUUGAAUAACAGUGUUGAGUUGAACAAUUGCAAAGAGGAACCACCAUCAGCGGCUGAAUGCAGAUAUCACGGGGAGUAUUAUUUUUCCCCCGGCUUGUAAUUUAUCCUUUAAAGCUAAAGCGAAGGUGAGGCAAUCACACUCUGAUUCUUUACCACGGCCAAAACCAGACCAGAGCGAAGCUAAGCUGCAGAAAUCAACGCCAUCCUCGUCCCCUCGCUCCAAAAACAUUUCUGUUCUCACUUCCACACCACACUAGAAAGUGCCAUGUCCUCUUAUACGCUUUCACCACAUUUGUAGUAUGAUUUGCACCUUUGUUUUUUUUUUGUUUUUUUAAUUUUCAGAUCAGUUGUUUUGCACUUUGAAAGUGUGUCAAGUAUUUAAAGAGACCCGUUAAGAGGGGGGGGAAAAAGAAAAAAGUCGCUAAUAGCCAUGUUUUACUAUAUAUGUUUACUUAAGAGUUCCAGAAUUUACUACUGUGCUAAUGCAGCAAUAAUGUUGAGGAGUUGCAUCAAGACGCACUUGUCAACACAGGGACUGAAAGAAAUUAAGAAAUAUCAGAUAUUUUUAUAACUGCAAAGAGUUAAGUAUGGAAAUAUGGAAUGCUUUAUGGAUAUGGGCACCUGCCUCUGGCAAAAAAUAUCUAUACCUUACAGAAAAACAUAUGCUACGGAAAUAACUACAAAAUGUGUACAUUUGGUCUCCUUUAUCAUAGCUGACAGUUUAUAGUACUGUAUAUAAUCUUUGCUUGUGUCAUUUGAGAAUUCCCAAGUUAAAUGUAAGCUCCUUGUAAGCUUUCAAAGUGACAUGAGAAAUAAAGAUCUAAUGCUAACUGAGA